UCUGAUUGACUCUUUUGAAUCAGAACCGGAAGACCCCCGCGCGUGCCCCCAGCCCGUGACUGACGGGGACGCGCCAGCAUGGCGGGGAGCAUGGCCGACAGCGCCAACCACCUGCCCUUCUUCUUCGGCAACAUCACCCGGGAGGAGGCAGAGGACUACCUGGUCCAGGGGGGCAUGAGCGACGGGCUGUACCUGCUGCGUCAGAGCCGCAAUUACCUGGGCGGCUUCGCGCUGUCGGUGGCGCAUGGGAGGAAGGCGCACCACUACGCCAUCGAGCGCGAGAUGAACGGCACCUACGCCAUCGCGGGCGGCAGGACGCACGGCAGCCCGGCCGAGCUCUGCCGCUACCACACCCAGGAGUCCGACGGCCUCGUCUGCCUCCUCAAGGAGCCCUUCCACCGGCCGCCCGGGGUGCAGCCCAAGACAGGCCCGUUCGAGGACCUGAAGGAGAGCCUCAUCCGGGACUACGUGAAGCAGACCUGGAACCUGCAGGGUCAGGCUCUGGAGCAGGCCAUCAUCAGCCAGAAGCCUCAGCUGGAGAAGCUGAUCGCCACCACGGCCCACGAAAAAAUGCCCUGGUUCCACGGGAAAAUCUCACGGGUUGAAUCUGAGCAAAUUGUCAUGAUAGGAUCCAAGACAAAUGGAAAAUUUCUGAUCAGGGACAGGAACGACAACGGUUCUUAUGCCCUGUGCUUGCUGCACGAGGGGAAGGUGCUGCAUUACCGCAUAGAUAAGGACAAAACCGGGAAGCUCUCCAUCCCCGACGGGAAGAAGUUCGACACGCUCUGGCAGCUAGUGGAGCAUUACUCUUACAAACCAGACGGGCUAUUAAGAGUUCUUACAGUUCCAUGCCAGAAAAUUGGUGGGCAGACAGGAAACAUCAACUUUGGAGCCCGCGCGCCCCUUCCAGGGGGCCAUCCCGCGAUGUGGUCAGCGGGUGGAAUAAUCUCCAGAAUCAAAUCAUACUCCUUCCCAAAGCCGGGCCACAGAAAGUCCUCCUCGUCCACAGGGAGCCGGCCCGAGAACUCCGUGACCUUCAAUCCUUACGAGUCAGACCGGGGGCCCUGGGCCACGGACAGAGACACCCAGAGAGAAGCCAUGCCCAUGGACACCGAAGUGUACGAAAGCCCCUACGCUGACCCCGAGGAGAUCAGGCCCAAGGAGGUCUACCUAGACCGCAAGCUGCUGACCCUGGAGGACAGCGAGCUGGGCUCUGGCAACUUCGGGACCGUGAAGAAGGGCUACUACCAGAUGAAAAAAGUCGUGAAGACAGUGGCUGUGAAGAUUCUGAAGAACGAGGCUAAUGACCCAGCUCUUAAAGAUGAGUUAUUAGCAGAAGCGAAUGUCAUGCAGCAGCUCGAUAACCCUUACAUCGUGCGCAUGAUUGGGAUAUGUGAAGCCGAGUCCUGGAUGCUGGUCAUGGAGAUGGCAGAACUGGGUCCACUCAAUAAAUAUUUACAGCAGAACAGGCACGUCAAGGAUAAGAACAUCAUAGAGCUGGUCCAUCAGGUUUCUAUGGGAAUGAAAUAUCUGGAGGAGUGCAAUUUUGUGCACAGAGAUCUGGCUGCAAGAAAUGUAUUGCUGGUCACUCAACAUUAUGCCAAGAUUAGUGAUUUCGGACUUUCCAAAGCACUUCGUGCUGAUGAAAACUACUAUAAGGCCCAGACCCACGGGAAGUGGCCGGUGAAGUGGUACGCUCCAGAGUGCAUCAACUACUACAAGUUCUCCAGCAAGAGCGACGUCUGGAGCUUCGGCGUGUUGAUGUGGGAGGCGUUCUCCUACGGGCAGAAGCCCUAUCGGGGCAUGAAAGGCAGUGAAGUUUCGGCUAUGCUGGAGAAAGGAGAGAGGAUGGGGUGCCCCGCGGGGUGUCCAAGGGAGAUGUACGAGCUGAUGAAGCUGUGCUGGACGUAUGAGGUGGAGAAGAGACCUGGCUUUGAAAACGUGGAGCUGCGGCUGCGCAAUUAUUACUACGACGUGGUGAACUAAGGGCCCCGCGCCCUGCGCCGCUGCCGGGGGCCGGGGAGCGGUCACAGCAGAACCCGCCCGACGCAGGGAUUUCGAGAGCGUCCACCUCUCUCUCUGCCGUCGGGAGAGCCAGCCUCGUGCGGGACGUGCCCGCGACCGUUGUCCCCAAAGCCUGCCCCGGAGCACGCCCUCUGCAGAGCACACCCUCCCCGAGGAGCCCGGGAAGAAAGCCGGCAGGAUCGGAGGGCCCGUGGAUUCCGUUGUGUUUCUCGCCUGUGCGGUUUGAAGGGCAGGUUCCGCUGAGGAUCCGUGUGGGCAUCUGAAUCUGCAGCAGCCAGGAGGCGUCCCGGGCUCACCUGCGCCGCCUGCCCUGCAGGGAAGGCGAGCGGAGCGGGUUUGGCUGCCCCCAGAACCUGGCGCCGACAGGUCCAAAGACGGAGCCCUCCCACGAAAAGCUUUCCUGGCGAUGAAAGUGCUUUGAGGCUUUAAAAAAAAGAAAAAAACAAAAACAAAAACAAGCUGGACCAGUACAGUUUCUAAGCGUGUAGCCAGUUAAAGGGGGGGAAGAAAGGUCUGGAUACUGCAUUUGCUCUGUGCGUUCUGAGACACAAGACUCAGAUCCACGGGACAGAUGGGGCUGUGGGCAUGAACUGGCUUGGCGUGCCUUCCCCCCCCCCCCCCCGGGCCCCCCCCCCCACACCCCCCCGGGGCUUGGCU